UAACUGUCUAACUUUCGCAUACGUGACUGGCGACAGUUUGUUCACACGUUACAGCCAUUCUCUGGCGAAAGGCUUCCAAUUCUGCAUGUUGGAGGCGCUUAUUUACAAACUCUGUGGAAGCACUGAAGCAGUAUUACUUUUUACGCUUUUACGGUGCGGUAGAGUAAAGAAAUCGUGAGUGCAUCGUGUGGAAUUUCAAGCUUGAAACUAAAGUGAAGUAAUUAUGGGAGACCGAUACAAUAUUCACAGUCAACUAGAACAUUUGCAGUCAAAAUAUAUUGGCACUGGUCACGCCGAUACGACCAAAUUUGAAUGGUUGGUGAACCAACAUCGAGAUUCUUAUGCUUCGUAUAUGGGACACUGUGAUCUUCUUAACUUUUUUGCUAUCAGUGAAAAUGAAGCGAAAGCUAGAGUGAGAUUUAACUUGAUGGAGAAGAUGUUGCAGCCUUGCGGCCCACCACCUGAGAAGCCAGAAGACUGAAAUAUGUUGAUUCGUUCCCGACACAAUUUGAGACAAUGUUUGGGCUCGGAGGUUUUUAAUCCUCUAAGCGAGAGAGCUAUACAUUUAGAAUUUGUAGUUUUGUACCACUUGUGCCCAUUGGUGGAACAGUGUAUUGACGUAAUUAAAAAAAAAAAAAUUAAGAAAGAUCCACUUAACAGUUUCGCAUGUCUAAUCAGAAAUGCUUUUGUAGAUAGCUACUAAUUCAUAAAACAAUUUAAUUUCAACUGUAGCUUUAUUUCGACAUAGCCAAAACACGGGCACAGUGAAAAAAUUAAGUUUAUUUGUGUUUGUCUUUUGCAAUCAGUUCCAUAAGAUGUAAAGAAAAAGAAGAUAAGUAACAUACGUUGAUUAGUGCGAAUAACUGAAGAUGUAACUCAGCAGUUAUAGUUGACUAUGGUAUGCAAACUUUCGUUAGUUAUUUAAAAGCUAAUGCAAACAUUUUCAACCAUUCCAAAUACUUUAAUACAUUUUUAAAAUAUUUGUAGUUAAGUAGCAUAACGUUACUCUUUAUUAGUAAUGGUUUGAUUGAUCUGUCUUUCAUGAUUAGACACAUAGUACAUUACACAGAACAAUAGUGAGGAGAACCUUUUGAAUGCAGGAAUUUUAAACUAAAACUGAUAUAUUUAGAUUUAUUGCCCAAUUCACAGACUACAGAAAUGGGUCUGUUUGAAAGUAUUUGUUUACAAAUUUAUAUAAUUGCUAAUAACAUGUGAUUAGUGUAAAAUAUUCCUCAGUUGAUGUAGCCAAGGUCCGUCUAAAGAAACUGAUUACAGUGAUACAUUUACUGAUCUUGUGAUGGCAUUUAAAAUGUGCAGUCAAUGAAAGGACUUAAAUAAAGGAAUGUAAGGCUAUACUAAAUUCUUGCUCAAACUAGUGGGUACUUGUUUACCACCAAUAAAUUGAGGCUCUUAUUAUCCUGUA